UCUUGUUUUGUCGCAAGGUGCCCCAACGGAGAAUACUGCAAGGCAGCUAGAACUCCUGAGAGUUAUGGCCAUUGACCUGCAAAGAAUGAAAAAAGGCAGCGAGAACAGCUACACGGAUUUCUACACGAUAACAGACACUGGAAACAGAAAUAUCAGUUGCACAAUAAGUUCCCUUUGCUGCUUUGUUCGGGAACUGUAUGAAGUAAAAACAUACCACAACGAAUAUGCUGUUUAUGUCAACAACGUUAUAAUAAACAGUGUUGAAUUCCUGAAACAACUUGAUGCCUCCUAUUCUGAAAAGAAUGAUUUAAAGAGUUAUUUAGAGGACCAAUGUGAACAAUGUGGGAUUCCCAACAUGACAAAGAAAAUGAAGGGGUUCAUUAAAGAUUUUGAGGAAUUACUAAAAAACCUUGCAACAAAUCUAUAAUCCUGAUUCUCACCCUUGACAUAUUUAUAUGGGAAAUAUUUAUUUAUUUAAAUCAUAAUUUAUUUAUUUUAGACAAAUGUAAAGAAUAAAUUAUUACCGUACGUUGCCAGUUUAAACAUUUUAAAUGUGGUUAUGCUAACAUGCUAUUUUUUGAA